AUGGUUUCAGAACCGAUAGCUCAAGACGAUAGAGAACACGAAUUCCCAACCUCUAUUCAAGAAGAGGAUCCAGCCUUGUUUCCAUUUGAGGGAAACGAAGAGGAAAUCGACAUAUCAUCAAAGCCCAUGCUGGCAGGCACAUCCUCAGAAGUAGAUUCCCUGCCGGAUUCCGAUCUCGUAGAAACCAACGAUCAAGCGGUCAUAUUCAGUUCAGGCUUUCACGGGUCGGAUGUGACUUUGAUUCAACCUUGGAGUCCUGAAGACUCCAUACGAGAUCAUAUAGACACGAGAGACGUGUCGUCAGCAUCGAGUUCUUCUCCGAUCAUUGAGAGGAACAAUACAUGGACAAAUGUGGAAAUGAUCGAGACAAUGUGGCCGUCCAGACCUAACAAUCACCAAGCUACCUCAAAGCUCAUAGAGUCAACUUUGCGGUUCUUUGAAAAUAAGCGAACUGCUUAUUUGAUGUUUCUAGCCUCCAUCGUGCCACAACAAUUCGAUUUGAACACAGACAAAAGUUGUGGAUCUGCAAGAGGUGUUUCAAAAAGGUUUGCCUUACCAUCUAUUGAUAUGCCCCCGGACCAUACCAAGUCGGAUAUUGAUGUUGUUUUGGGUUUUCUAGCGGACUCUGACACAUCCAAGAAGGGCUUCCCCAGUGUUUUCAAGAGGCACUCGAUACCGAUUCUCAAUCCUUCAGCUGAAGAUCAAGUUCACGUGCAUGAUAGAGCAGCCGCGAACUCAUUUAAAUCUCAAUCUUCAUCUUCGCCCGCAUCGAGUAAGGCCCAUUUUGGGCCACCGAAGCGUCUUUCUUUGAACCCAAGUCAAGAUCUUGAGAAAUUUAUUCAGCGGAAAUUGGUCACUGCGGAGAAGCAUCAACUUGUCAUUUGUGCUCAAGUCGCGAGUCAGAACAUAACCCAAAAAGGUACAUCCAUUGAUGAUGGAAAUUCACCCGUGAUGCAUUCCGAUUUGCUUCUGCAUCAUCUCAUUCGAGAUGGACGCCCUUUUUGUGGGCCCGACUCAAGUCACAGCUCUGAAAGGUCCGAAACGAGUACUUCCUCUAAAAAAAUAAGCAUUGUGAAUUCCAAGUCAAUAUUAAAUGAGAUUCAACGUGGAAAACAUCGAUAUUCUUAUGCAUCUCCAACGCGAGGUGUGGAUCGACGUUCUCUAAGAGGCGCUUCCAUCGAGGAAACUCCCAAGAAACUAAGGAGCACCAUUUUUUCACCACUGGUUUUUGGACGCUCGUCCUCAGCUGCUAUGUCACUUUGUUUUCCAUAUUGA